UGUAAAUUGUCAUCAUGAAAGUCUGCAUUUUUACAGUGUCCAUUUUCUAUGAAAUCCAUGUAACAUGAUUGUGACUGUGACCCUUAUGAACUAACAUAAGUGUCCCUUUUUUAAAUGAUUCAUGAAGGAUGUGUAAAUAAACAUGUAUUUGAAAUGAUGUUGAAUGAUACAGAAAUUUGUUGGAAAUACUUUGAGAUAAGUAACUAUGCUAGAAGUUGGUUUGCGUGUGACUCGUGGACCAGAUUGGAAAUGGGGGAACCAGGACGAUGGUGAAGGUCACAUAGGAACUGUGGUUGAGAUAGGGAAGCCAGGAAGUUCGACCUCACCUGAUAAAACAGUUGUUGUGCAGUGGGAUUCUGGAUCCCGUACAAACUACAGAGUGGGUUACCAAGGAAAAUAUGAUCUUCGUGUGUUGGAUAACGCACCAGUUGGUGUAAAACAUCCAAACAUUAUAUGUGAUAUCUGUAAGACCCAGGGUAUAUCUGGGAUGAGAUGGAAGUGUACCAAGUGUUUAGACUAUGAUCUGUGUACAGAUUGUUAUAUGAAUGAUAAACAUGAUCUUGGUCAUGCCUUUCUACGCCUGGAAACAUUUUCCUCCAAAGGAGUGAAAAUGCCAAAAAGAAAAGAUACUCUGAAUAGUACUAAAGUGAGAGCCCAGGGAUUAAUUAAUGGAGCAAGAGUUGUACGUGGACCAGAUUGGGACUGGGGAAAUCAAGAUGGUGGAGAAGGCAAAAUAGGAAAAAUAACUGAGAUACGAGGAUGGGAUUCUGAAUCGGAGAGGAGUGUGUCGAAUGUUGCAUGGCAGACUGGAUCAACCAAUGUAUAUAGAGUAGGACAUAAAGGAAAAGUAGACUUAAAAUAUGUCACAGCUGGUCAAGGCAUUUAUUAUUAUAAAGAACACCUGCCUGUAUUAGGAGAGUUUUCAGAUUCUGUCACUCAGUCAGGAGUUGCUUGUCCAUUUAAAGUUGGUGAGAAAGUUCAAGUUGAUCUUGACCCAGAAAUUCUCAAGGCCAUGCAGGAAGGUCAUGGUGGAUGGAAUCCCAGAAUGGCUGAUUAUAUUGGAAAAGUGGGCGUAGUCCAUAGAAUAACAGACAGGGGAGAUGUAAGAGUUCAAUAUGAAGGAUGUUCUAACAGAUGGACAUUUCAUGCAGGGGCAUUAACAAAGGUACAUGCAUUCAGAGUCAAUGAUCAGGUGAAAGUGUCACAUAAUAUACAUCUAGUCAAAGAAAAACAGAAGGGACAUGGUGAAUGGUCAGAGAGUAUGAGAGCUAUUUUAGGAAAGCAGGGAAGAGUUAUAUCAAUUUACCCUGAUGGUGAUCUGAGAGUAACUGUCAAUGGGAACACAUAUACAUUAAACCCUAUCUGCUGUACUGUACCUUCACAAGAGCCAGAUGUUAAUAACACUGAUCGAUUUCCUGAUAGAGAACAUAGUACCUCAAUGCAAACACUUCUUGACCAUUUGAAGGAGCCAUCACUUGCAAUAGAGACUGGUCCUGAUAGACUAGUCAGAGAAUCAGCUCAAGGACAUACAGAUAUUGUCAAAGAUAUUGUCACAAAACACCCAGAUAAAGUAGACCUAAAAAGUGCAGGUAAAACAGCCUUACAGGUAGCCUGUCAUCAAGGACAUAAAGAUAUUGUACAGAUACUGUUGGAUGCUGGAGCUAACCUUGAACUUCAAGAUGAUGAUGGAGACACUGCUCUUCAUUACUCAGCUUUUGGUUACCAAGCUGAAAUUAUGGAAAUGUUAUUAAGGAAAGGAGCUCAGAUCAAUUCCCUAAACAAUGGAGGGUGCAGUUCAUUGCAUGUUGCUGUGAACAAACAGCAUUUAGAGUGUGCCAAAAUAUUACUGCGAUAUAAGUGUAAUGUAAAUAUACAGGACUCUUAUGGGGAUACAUGUCUCCAUGAUGCCAUUGGUAAAGAGAACAGACAGAUUAUAGACAUGUUAGUCUGCUAUAAUGGAAUAGACUUUACAUUACGGAAUAAAAGAGGAUUCAAUGUGCUACACCAUGCUGCUCUUAAAGGAAAUAGCUUUGCUACAGAGAAGAUAUUAUUGAAGUGUAGACAGAUUGUAGAUAUAAAGAAAGAUGAUGGAUUCUCAGCCGUACAUUUAGCUGGUCUUAAUGGACAUAAAGAUGUCACUAAUGUACUGCUGACUCAAGGCCAAGCUGAUAUUGAGAUCAGAAACAAUAGACAACAAACCCCCCUUCUACUGGCUGUAUCCCAAGGUCAUACCUCUAUCAUUGAACUACUGGUAACCAGAGGUGCAGAUAUUAAUGUCAAGGAUGAAGAUGGAGACACCUGUUUACAUGUAGCUCUAAUGAGACAGUCUGUACCACAGGAGAGAGAGCCAACACCCAUGCUAGAAGCUAUAUGUAAUCAGCUUGGUAUGGCAGACGAUGAAGAUCAGAUGGGUGCUGCUAUUGCUUGUUAUCUUGCCCAACAAGGUGCCAGUCUGACACAUAAAAACAACCAGGGUAAAACACCAUUAGAAGUUUGUGGAGAUCCUAAAGUUGAAGAAAUGAUCAAACAAUUUACUACAGCACAGGCCAGUAAAUCAGACCCACAAACAUCAUCAGAGAAAGAAUCUCUUGUACAAGAAUGUAUGGUGUGUUCAGAAAACAUGGCCUGUAUCAAAUUUAUGCCAUGUGGACAUGUUAUAACCUGUUUUGACUGCUGUCAGAAGAUGAGAAAAUGUAUAUCAUGUAAAGAAAAUAUAGAUAGUAAAACUUGUCCAGAUGGUUCAGAAGUAACAGCGACUAGAGAACAUCCUGCUGCUGGAGUUAUGGAGUCAAACUUACUGCAGAAGAAACUCCAAGAGAUGGAGGAGAACUUUCUUUGUUCUAUUUGUAUGGAACGGAAACGGAACAUGGCAUUUUUAUGUGGACACACUGUGUGUAAUAUCUGUGGGGAUUCAUUACGAACAUGUCAUAUGUGUCGUAAACCUAUUACUAAAAAGAUUCCAUUAUAUGCAUGAUUAUGUGGUGAAGUCUUUCAGAAAGCGAAUUUCUUGGACUGUAUUAAGUUUUAUAUACAAAUACUCUAGUAUUUAUUUUUCAAUUUCUAUAAGAUAAAUAACUAAAGAAAACAUUUGCUUCUUUAAAGGUAGCAUUAUUUCGAAGUAUUUCAUUGGUUGUUAUCUGCUACACAUAAUGGGCAUUUCCCUUCUUUCCUUUAUAUACCGUAAACAAUUCUCUGCCAUACUUAUUUUUUAACUUUAAAACAAAAUCACAAAAGAAUGUCAAUGUUUUAAAUGCAAUACCUAUAAAGUGGCUUAAGUAAAUUGACUAUAGGGAAGUUUCUGAAAAUUCUUGCUACCAUUUUGUUAUAACCAUUUCAAAAUUUAAUGGUCGCGAAAUGUGGAUGUCAUUGUUUGCUGGUUGAGAAAUGGAUGCACCAGUGAAAUGCUAGAUUCUUGUUUGGAACAAUUAAAAGUACAAAACUGUUAUUUGGUUCAGGGAAUAAGAUAGUUUUCAUACAAAUUUAUGAAGUCACAUUAAGCAAGCAUGACAUCACAUGCGUAUGAUUUCUUAUUUCAGUGUUUCUAAAAAAUUAUAGUUUAAAGUUAUAAAAAAACUCAAUACAGUCCAAUUAAUUCUUUGUGCAGUAUUGAUCUUGAGAUUUAUGCAAGUAGUUUUGUAACAUUAUAAUGGAUUUUCAUUGGUCAAGUAGUCUUUCAUUCAUAAGUUAUAUAUCACCUCAUGAAUAAUGUGCAUUAAGUUCACUCUCAUUUUGUUUCACUCUAUGUGUGCUUUAAUUUGAAAUUUUAGGAUUGUAAUAUUGAACAGAAUUUUAUUCAUGUAGUAGUAUUAAUAUGUUUUAUUUAAUCAGCACAACUCAUAUAUGGAUUUUAAGGAAAAUAAAAAUAAAAAUCUAAAUGAAACACAAGAAACCUAUACAAUACAAUUGUAUAAACUGACCUAGUUUAUGAAUACUGUUGAAAACAAUUCAUUUAUUUUAAAUUUAGAUCUAAUGUUCAACACCUGUAUAUGCACAAUCUCAUAAACAAAAUUAUAAAGAAAGUUGUCAGACAGAAAUUAUCAAACCUUGCCCCAACAUUGUUAUUAAGACAAAUUUUCUUUCGGUCAUAUACAUUUUGGUGGCAGGUAAAAUGUCUGACAGUUUUUAAAAAUCUUCAUUUUCUUUUAUCUUUAUCGUAUCAAGUGCAUUUAAAUUGAAGAAAAAAAAAAUCUUUUUUAAAGGCCAGUGUUUACAUUUAGCACAAAUAUUACCAAAAAAAAACCAGUAAAUUUAGUAUUGUAAUUAAAAAACUUACAUAAAUUCAGGUAUAUGGAAGGUGAAUUGACAUGAAACAAGCUGCUUUCACCAAACAAUAUUGAUUUCAAUACCUCUUUUUAUAGCUUUUGGUAAGGGCUAUUCCAUUAUAAUGUAUGUGGGAGGGUUGUGAAAAAUAUUCAAAAUAUCAAUCAAGAACCACUUUUUAAAUAAUUUUCACAAUGGUGAUUAACAUGUACUGAAAAAAGAACUAUGACCCACAUUCUUUAAUUAAACUCCCCUUCCUACCCUCCCACAUACAUUUUAAUGGAAUAGCCCUAAAAUUUAUCUUAACUCUUGAAAAGGAAUUAAUUUAGGCAUGAGUCGUGUCUGUUGUAAAAUCACAAUUUCAUAUCUACAUCUGUAUGUACAAUCAUUACAAAGAAAGAUGUAUUUUUAGUUAACUCUACUAUGUAGAGAAUGCUUAGCUUAUUUAUGUAUAAUGCAUAAAAGUAGAUAUAAGUAUAUCCUAAUGGUGUAGAGUUGUCAGUAUCAAUUAGAAAGAAAUGCUAUUGGCACAGAUUCAGUUUGAUAAGAAACGCAUAGUGGAGUCAAUAAAAUAAAUGAUUUACAGUAAGUUGCAUCCAGUGUGCAGGUAAAAUUAAUAUCUUUGGUUAGCUUGCUUGCUAGCUGAUCCAUGAAGUCAUUAGGUUAGGUAAACUACCCUUCUUUAAGAAAAGACUAGUCCGACAGAUAACCGAUCUAUCUGUCUGAAGGACUAGGUAACUUUAAAAGGAGGGUAGUAUACCUUACUUACCUACAGACUUGAUGCAAUCAGCUGUAAGAAUUGUUGUGCACUUAACAAUUGUAUAUCUUUAUUUAAAGAUGUGUUUCAUUUAAAGUGGUUGAGGGUUUUACAUUAAAUACAAUAGAAUUUUUAUAUACUUUGCCAAAUGUAGUUUAUAUAUUGUGCUAUCUCAAAUAUUUUAUAAAAGGGUAUAAGUCACAAAGGUAAUUAAGCUACAGUUUUACUUAAGCUUAUGCUUUUGCAAAGUUUGUUAAAUUAAUUGACAAUGAGCUCUAAGAAUUUGUCUUCUGAUUACCUUUGGUUGUCAGCUAUUUUUUAUUCUUAAAAUUUUUCAUUAUUGACUGAAACUUCUCUCUUUGUAAAUACAAACUACUUUAAGAUUUGAAAUAUGGAAUCGUCAUUUAAUGCAUACAAAUGGCAUUUCAAUAUUUUGAAAUAUUAUAUGUGACUUUGUCUAAUAAUUUUAUGAACAAACCUUAGAUAUCUCUGCAAAAGCAGUGUGAAAUUUUUACACAUGUGGAGCUCUUUACUUUUAUUUUUCUGUCACUUACUUUAAAAAUGUCCUUAAAUGUAUCACCCUUGCUGAGAGAUAUACUUAUGAAAUGAAAUGAGUUGAAACUUAUUUGAAUUUUUAUACUUGAACGUAUAGUAAAAAUGUUAAUUUUGAAAAAUAUUGCAUUACUGUGAAUUCAUUUAUAUUGGUUGGAUACCAAUUUUCAUGGAUUUGGUGGUAACUGGUUUGCCACGAAUUUAAAUGUGCAAAGAAUUGAAAAUUUUCUAUAGGUUUGUAUGCAGACUUUGGCAAAACCAUGGACUCAAAUAUCCCGAAAAUAUGGGCAUUCAUCAAUCCACGAAAAUUGGUAUCUACACAAAGAAAUGAAUUCACAGUAUCUACGAGAAGAGUGGUCCUUGAAAACUAGAAAAUGAUGGAUAGGUUAUCCCUAAGUAAUUUAUUUUGGUUUGUAUAAUUCUUAAUGUGCCAGUAUGUCAUAAUUACAUAAGCCUUUCUGUGAUAGCAAUUUUUGUCACCAAAUAUGUUAUUUUAUGGGUUUAUAAUGCUUUAGUUCCAAGAAAGGAAGGAAAACACUAACAGAUAUUUAUUAGUACUGCCAAGGUUAACACAUUGUAUAUAAAGUAAUUGCAGUUAUCACAAAUUACAUACAGAUUUCAUUGUGUAUUUUAUUGAAUAAUAAGAUAUUCAUGUAUUACAGUUUUACAUGGCUUACAAUUUCAUCAUGUUCACUAGCUUACUCAUGUUGGGCAUUUUGUUUGAUUGAAAGAAGGCUAUUAAAUAUUGUGAUAGAGAUGGGGUUAAAACCUUAACCAUACAAGCGUGAAAAAAUCUUGCUAAUUGUCAAAUCCAUUUUGAAAUUUUUAAAUGAAGAAUGUUUCAAAAGUUUGAAGGUUUUGAAACUAGAAACACUAAAAUGGAACUAAGUUUAUUGAAGCAAGCUGUUUUACCUGAGUGAUGUUAGUUCUAAUGUUAAUGUAUGGAGCUCAAGGUAUGGUAGUUUAAAUUAACCCGACCGUAUGCAAGAAACUAAAAUACACUUGUAUGAGUUUUGAGUAUAAUUAGUUGAGGUUUUCAAGGUUUAAAAAAAAGAUUUAAAAAAAAAAUAUUACUAUGUCACUUUUUACCUCAGAAAUAUGUUAUUUUAUAACUAAUAUGAAUUUUCAUGUAGCAUUACAAGUGUUUUCUUAUAGGGUAUUUAGAUGUUUUGUGAUUUCAUGUUUCGUGUUGAAAUUGUGCUUAUUAUUUAUUAUUUAGUCUUGCCACUGCCACAAAACUUGUAGCUUUUUACUUUUGGAAUUAUGUAGAUUGACCAUAGGCUCCAUUAUCAAACUAAAACAAUUUGUCUUCUAAAGUCCUGUAUGUUUGACAUGCUAUCAUAGACAUCUGUAUUUUUGAGCUGUUUAUUGAUUUUCAUUGUUUUCUUUGCUUUUUUUUUUACAAGAAAACUAAUUUGCACUGAUAAGAAUGCUUCAUAGUUGUCUGAAGAAGACACCAAAAAAAGGGGAUCAUUUUAAAACUUGUUUAGAAUAGUUUUACACACAGUUUUACACAGAUUUGGUGAACUCAAAGUUAUUUAUGUGGUUUAGACUUUGCUAUGCUAUAUAUUAAGAUCAGUUGACCAAUGAACUUAUGAAAUUUGUUCAGUUCGGAAUAACAGUCUUAAUCAGCAUAGAAUAUUAUACUUUAUUUAUUUAUGAAAGUUUUGACAUGAAAAUGAUUUUUGAAAAUAAUUGAAAACAUUUUCUCAUUUGAUAUUUGAUACUUACCCCAUUUGGCAAGUUCCUCAUAUAUUGUCUUUUUUAUAAAAGCCUUGUAGUUUUUUUCUCCCCACCCCUCUUCCUCCCUCAAAAUAAAUCAAUAUGUUUGGGUUUUUUUGCAUAGCUUAUGUAAUUUUUUUAUUUAAUAAUAUACGAUACAAGUAUUACACAUUUACUUUGCAGUUCCCAUAUACUUACAAUCAUCAAAUGAAUAUGUGUUAUGGUAGACCUUGUCUUAAUUAAUUUUGUAUAUAUGGUUCAUGAAAUAUUUUAGUGCUGCAUAUCUUAAUUUCCAUUUUAGUUAUUAUAUUUUAUCAUGGGAAUUUUGUAUUUUAUAUAGUCACAUCUAAGAGAUGAUAUGUAUGGUGUAUUGAAAAGAAAUGAGUUUUGUUUAAGAUUAUUUUGUGUGAGAGACUUGAUUGAAAUAGAGUACUGGGAUUUAGAGAAAGACAAAAUUUUAAAGUGUGAAUUCGUUAUCUUAAGUUGUAUUGAAUCAAAAAUUUUAUUUUUUUAGAACUUAAAAGUUUUUGGAUUCUUCACUUGAUUUUAGAAUUUAAUUCCUUGAAUAAGUCUGUCUGAUGAUUAAUGGGACCAUAAUAGAAGUUUAUUUCAAGUUUAUUUGAUGCCUUGGAUUAAUUUAUUUAUGUGGGUACCAAAUUUUUGUGGAUUGACGAAAAAUCAUAUCUUUGAAGAUAUUUAAUUUCAUGGUUUUUCCAAAGUUUGCCUACAAGCUUAUAGAACAUUUCUUCUUAGAUGUACAUCUUUAUUAGUGGUUAACCAACAAUAACAAAACCCAUGAAAGUUGGUAUCCCAUUAAUAGUGAUGAAUCCACAUAUAAUAUAAUAUGGUUGUUGAACUUAAUUUCUGAUUUACAGGGAGAUUUUUCUGUUAUUUCCACAGUAUUUUUCACUACUGUCAUAGCCAUUUUUGCUUCUUUUUUCUUACAUUUUUUUUUUGCUAACAAAAUAAUCUCUUUUUAUUUGGAUUUAAAACUUGAUGCUUUACAGAAUAAAAAAACAUGUACCACACGAUUAGUUUAAUUGAUGCAUGAUAACUUCAACUGUUAAAAGAAAAAGCCAUCAUUCCUAGGAUUUUUUAUUCAUAAGUUCAUACCUUUUGAAAAAUUAUUUGUAAAAGAUUGAAUUUAGUUCCUGAUGAAAUUUGGUGGGUUUAUGUGCUUGGUACUCUAAGAAUGGUAAUUAUUUAACAUUAAUGAUGUAAUUAAAUUCAUCAGGUUAAGGGUAAAAGCCCCUUUGAGGUAUCAUUUUGACUAGUUCAGGUCAUGUGUGAUUUUAUUUAGGACAAUAUAAAUGUUAUGGAGACCCAGGUUUUGUAUGGAAUUUAGGUGAGAUGACUCAUUUUAAGUCUUUUUAUGGAGAAGGUAGGCCUGUCCAGUUUGUCACUUUAGCUGUUUAGAGAUUGUUAAGUGUUGAAUUCGCUAUAUGUCAUAUGGAACUGCUGAAUUGAAUUAGUUCUUACUUAAAAUCAUCUAAGCUCAGACUGAGCAAUUGCUAACUUUUACUUUCAACAGCCACUUUUAUCCAAAAACUAUUUGAAAAAAAUUACUACUUGGAAAGAAAAAAGAAAGCAUGUGAAAUGUCUUUGUUGUAGGAUAAGGAUUGACGGGAAUGUGUAUUUGAAUUGUUUUAAAUAAAUGAUUUGUAUCUAUUUAUCAGGCUGUUGCCAGAAACAUUAUGUAAAUAGAAUUUGAUUAAAAUAUCUGUUGCAAAGUUG